AUGGAAGUCGGCGACGAGCUUACGGCGGAGAUCACGGCACAGGUGGAGGAAUGGUCGACGAACAGCACCGCCUGCACGACCAUCCACCUCUACAAUCCGACCACGAACACCACGACCGCCUUCUUCCAACCCGAAUUCACAUACCCCAUCUUCGGCGAGGAAGAGGCGAUAUUCGGCUAUCGUGAUCUCAGCAUCGACAUCACAUUCGCUGCUCACAAUCUGCGACCGCAUGUCAAGAUAUCGCACGGCAAGAAGUUCCAGGCGCACGGCGAAGUGAGGCCGACAGACGUCAAGGCUGCCUUGGCGGACUUCCUUCCCGAAAGUGCAUUUGGUGGCGGUGGGAAGAAGGAUGUGCUGCGGGAUGACGCAGCGAACGAGUUUGUGCCGCCAGGACGAAGGAUAGCAGAGUACUCACGUGAUGGCAUCAAUCAUGAGAUCUGGUGUGCAAGUCUUGCGGACUCAGCGGCGAGAGAAUUGCUGGAGAACAUGCAGAUCCUCAUCCCACUUUUCAUCGAAGGCGGGUCGAUGUUACAGCUGGAGCAUGACUGGAGCACCAAACGAUGGAAGCUCUUCCUGCUCUACCGACUCGACCACAGACCCAUGCCGAAAGCAUCGCCCUAUUCACUGGUGGGCUAUGGGACUUCAUACCGCGUCUCCACGCUUCCUAGCCGAGCGGACCCUCUCAAAGAAGAUGAAGAUGCUUACACUGAGAAGUCUCUUGACAAGCUUGUCUCCUCCGCGGACAGUACAUCCUCGCCUCUCGACCUACCUAGCCGAGAACGGCUCUCCCAGUUCCUCAUCCUGCCACCGUACCAAGGUGCCGGCCACGGUCAACAGCUAUAUAACACAAUGUACAGCCACCUCACCAUAGCCGCGAACGUUCACGAGUUCACCGUUGAGGACCCCAAUGAAGCGUUCGACGAUCUGCGAGACAUCUGCGACCUUCAACACCUACGCGCGAAAGUGCCUGAAUUCGCUGCACUACGACUCAACACAGAACUCAAAGCUACGGACUUACCCGCCACCUCCGACAUUCCGCUCGAUCUGAUUCUGUCCUUGAUACCAGAAACCCGAACACAACUACAACGAAAAACGAAAUUGACGGAUCGCCAACUCAACCGCCUGAUAGAGAUGCACACCCUCUCCUUCAUCCCCGCCUCCAACCGCUCCCGGAGUAGAAUCACGAGAAAGCUGAAGGCGAGCAACGAGUUCGAUCGAGCUUUCUACCUGUGGAGAUUGAUGGCUAAGCAGAGAUUGUACCUGCACAACAGGGAUCUACUCGCGCAGGUCGAGCGGGUAGAGCGGGUGGAGAAGUUAGAGGGAGUUCUAGAGGGUGUCGUGGAGGGAUAUGUUGCUCUGCUUGAGAGGGUGGAGAAGAUGGGCGGCAGGUCUGAAGACGCAGAUGGUGAGCGUGAGGUCAAGGGGGGAGCUGUUGCGAAUUCUAUCCCGAAAGGGAGGAAGAGGAGGGUUGUGGAUGAGGAUGAUGAUGAAGAGGACGAGAGGGAUGAAAGCGAGAUGCUGGUGGAUCAGGUGCCGACGAUGAAUGGGAAGAAGAGAGUUAGGAUGUCGUGA